UCUUCUCUUCUCAGGCUGUGAAUCCUUACAAAGCUACUUCUCCACCUGCCUUGAUAAAUCACGCUGAGAAUGUGGAGAUGAAUAAAUCCUCGCGGGACAAAGACAACCGCACUCAGCAAAAGGAGAUGAACGAUGAGCUCUUGAAGAGGAUUACUGACAGCAAAGCUCAACCUCCUGCUCGCAACUUCCGGGUGGAACACCCCACCAGAACGUUGCCCAUUACUUAUGAUUCUCAGCCGUUCGAGAUUCGAUGCUGGCUCAAUGCUAAGGGCUUCUCCAGGCCGGUAGUGGACUGUCUGGGCAUACUGACGGGAGCUCAGCUCUUCUCUCUGAGUAAGGAUGAACUGAAGGCAGUGUGUGGUGAUGAGGGCUCUCGAGUCUACAGCCAGAUCAGUGUGCAGAAAGCACAGAUAGAGAGGAGCUAUGGAAACUCGGAGCUAGAGGAAAUCAUGAAGCGACGGCAGCGGGAGGUGGAUGCUUUUACUUGGGACUGAUUGCGCUCAAACUGCCUGUCAGUCACAGCACAUUUCCGUCCGUUUCCUUCAGCUCACCUAACAUACUCCACAGAUUUAUCAGAGUUGAAAUGGAGAACACAGACGCUGUCAAUUGCUUGUCUAAACUAAUAGAAACCAAACCGAACCGGGCAACACAAUACGAAUCUCAAUGUUUAUUUAUGCUAAUCAUUUAGUAUUUAAUCAUAUUUAUUUGCCUGUCUGUUUAUUGAAGUCUAUUUGCCAAUAUAUUUAGUGUGUAUAUAUAUAUAUUCCGUAUAUUCCUCCUUAAAAUAUAAAUAAUACAUAUAAGAUGCACAUUAAUAUGUGAACAAGAAUAAUUAAAGCUCACAAAUACCUCUUAUAUACUAUAUGUUAUAUGGCUGCACGACUGGUACAUGAAGAGUGUGACAAUACAGGGGCUUGUAUAUAACACAAUAAAGAUUUUAUCAGCAUUAUUAUGCCUCAUUUGCAUGGAUACCAAUAGGAAGGUGAGGAAGCUGCAAUGAAUAGUUUGCCGCUGGAAAUAAUAAGGAGAUGAACAGAUUAUCAGCCGGCCAUGUUCCAAAAGGUAGCAAGAGCAAUUAAAUUUUAGGGUGGUGGUGGUGGGUGUUAGGUGUUGGGAGGAUGAUGGGGGAACUCAUUUGGAGGAGGAGGAACAGAAGCUGGUGAGUCAAUUGUCACAUGCAUCAACAGCAUGUUGCAUAAUCUCAGUGGAUUGUGAUUGCUGAUCUCUGACAGACUGAUGACUAAGUUGCUCCAGCCAUCAACAUGUAAAUGUACAGCACGUGACAGGAGUCUUGCCACUCACCGCCUAAGGCAUACAACUCUAACAUAAAGGCAGCAUUUAAGCCUUCCACAAAUCUCCUGACUGAAUGCGUUUACUUCUGACAGACAGCUUUCCUUGCACUGGAAGCAAAGCGGUGACUUUGUCAUGUCACUGCUUCUUGUCUAGACUGCAAACGUUUUAGCUGGUAUUGUCCCAUCAUGUUCGGUAUGAGUCAAAAUGACCUCUAUCUCUCUUUCAGCAAAGCACUCAGUAAGAGGCAGUGAGAGGGAGUGGUCAUGUAUUGUCACAGUGAUUCAUGACACAAAGUGAUUUUUAACGAUGGGAUUUUUCAAAAAGACCAUCCAAGGAAGGAUAAAUACCCAGCUUCGGCUGGUUUAAUGCAGCAGAACUACUGUAACGAUGCAUGUCAAGUGUGUCUGAGAUUUUACAUGUGUUGUGCUUAAAGUGACUGCCAGAGAUUCAUAUACAUGCUCCAGUGAGUUGAGCUCAAACCCGUUCAGAAGAUUAAUAUAUUGCCCCAAUAAUACCUUGACUGAAUUCUAUAACACACUGUGAGAUAAUGUGUUCUCCAUGUCGGAUUGUCAGGUGGAAAAAAAUGAUGCAAGUGUAGGGUAAGGAAGCUUUAUUGAUGAAGCUAGAACUCAGAUCCAAUCGACAGGCAAAUGCAUAAACAUGGCAAAGUAAACAACAUGAACUAGAUUUGGCAAGAAUCAGUGAACAGUAACAAUAAAGCAGAAUGGAAGGCUUGGUAUAGACUGGCAACUAGAACAUAGAGCAGUACUUCACAAGGAAUGUAUGUGUGUUGAGUCCUUAAAUAGUGUGGCAGCAACUGUGCACAUACACUAUGUAUGUCAUCAAUAAGAUGGUGAAGAUGAAUGUGAAAGUGUUUGGGGUGGUUGGGAAUUAUAGUCAUUAGUGAUCAUACACUAUAUUGUCAAACGUUUUGGGACAUCUACCUUUACAUACACAUGAAUUUAAUAUGGAGUUGGCCUGCUCUUUGCAGCUAUAACAGGUUCACCUCUUCUGGGAAGGCUUUCCACAAAGUUUAGGAAUAUGUUUAUGGGAAUUUUUGACCAUUCCUCUAGAAGCGCAUUCGUGAGGUCAGGCACUGAUGUAGGAUGAGAAGACCAUCCCAAAGGUGUUCUAUUGGGUUGAGGUCAGGAAUCUAUGCAGGCCAUUCAUGUUCCUCCACACCAAACUCACUCAUCCAUGUCUUUAUGGACCUUGCUUUGUGCACUGGUGUGCAGUCAUGUUGGAACAGGAAGAGGUCAUCCCCAAACUGUUCCCACAAAGUUGGGAGCAUGAAAUUGUCCAAAAUGUAUUGGUAUACUGAAGCAUUAAGAGUUCCUUUCACUGGAACUAAGGGGCCAAGCCCAACCCCUGAAGAACAACACCUGAAUUCAGUUAUUUGGAGGGGUGUCCCAAAACUUUUGCCAAUAUAAUAUAUCUGUAGGCCAUGUGGUGAUUAGGGAAGUGAAGCUUAAUGUUGACACAGGUUCUAUUCUGUUUAAGUGCAAAAAAAUUGGUUGCAUAAACAAAAAACACCUGCAAAAUCUGCUUAAGGUAUUAAGAAUAUUUUUUCCAUCCAUUAGCAUGUUUCCUAGACAUUGCCACUAGCAUAGCUGUCGUGUGAGCUUUACGUAAUCAUCUCCUAACCUCCUGCUGUUAGUUUUAGAUGUGCUUAGCAGCAAU